UGUUAUCAGGCCUACUGCAGACAUAGUCAUUGCAUUCAGUAUCUGUAUUGUAUAGCAGACCAAAACAUAGUUGUUUAAUUUUUUAAUCUGAUUAAUGAUAACUAUGCAUGCAUUUAAAAUGUAACUCUAUGGUAAAGCACUUGAUCUACUAUACUAUACUAGACUUCUGUAGAUAGGGAAAAUGUUUCGCAGCAGAAUUAACCAUUUGCUAAGGGCAUAUCCUUCCCUAAAUUUAAGAGUGGAAGUUCACAAAGAUCAACACAAGGCAUUAGCACUACUCCCUGGUCUGCGAUUUGAUGAUAUCAGCCACACAGGUCAGCCAGAUCUUCAUCGACUGAUGAACAUUAUUGGUAGAGUUGAACAUGCUGCACUGUAUGAAAAUAUCCAGUCCUUUUUGGAUUACCAGAGCCUCAGUCGGAAAGGGAUUGGCAGCUAUGCUAAAGGAUUAGUCAUGGAAAUACGAAGACAUUUUUAUGAAACCACUACUGCUAAGUCACCAAUUCAGGUAUCUCUAAAAUUGACGGGUAUGAUGGACACCAUGUACACAGUCCGCAGCAGUGCAACAUUUGGAGGUAGACAGCGAGCCUCUAUCAUGGUGAAGACCUGCAACACAAUGGUGCACCGCGAGUCUGGUCUCACAGAGCAGAUCCCAGACUGGUGGAGGCUCAAGUUCUUGAGGCUGCUGCCAGAGAUGCCGGACAACUACCGGCCCAUCCAGCCCCCAGACUGUGUGGGUCAGAUCUUCACACAUCACGUUUUGGUUCCGCUACGAGACACUGACACCAGCGGCAGGACUCGUCACCCCUCGUACACCCGCUAUUUCAUAGACAAUAUCAGUAUAGCCGCUAACAAAAAUUUCUACCAGCAUUUGGCCAACAUGCUGCAAGAUUAUUACGUCAUGCGUAUCUCAAUGGUGCACUUCGCCCCUAGUGUUUGGGGGGAUUCUUUAAUUGUUGAAACGUUUCAAGACCCGGAUGAUGAGCUCAAGAUCCACUGCUUCAUCAGCAAGGAGGGAUCAAUCAAGUGGUAUGGCUGUCUGGAGUACUAUGAAGCUCUGUGUGAACCUGAGCUUGACCCACCUGCUUACAUGUUAAAGUUUCCUUCCACUGAUAAUUCUUGAGGGAUUUCUGAGACAGUUAUAGAACUUUAAAAAAUUCAAAGGUGCCUGUGUAUUUUGGGUUGUAAAUUCUAGUUGAUGUUGAUUAGUUGUAACCAUUUAUUUGUAUAGGUGCUAAGAUAGUACUGUUUAGCUCCACACAAAACCUUAUUUAUAAUUAAUUGUUAUUAAAUGUACCAGAUAUACAAAUCUGCGGGUAUAGCUAGUACAUAAAUCAUUUGACUGUACCUGUUUACAAAUGGCAAAUCUCAGAUAGUAAAAUAAACUUAAAUUAUAUUUAAGAUUUCUUUGGUAUUGUGAGUCAUACACUCUUGAAUGUUCACGGUAGUCAACUUCUGUUCAAAGUCCUUUACAAACUCUAUAUAAGAUAAUGGCUGGUCUAAGUUUCUUGAAUCAUAGUUUUUAACUGUUUUCAGGGCAUGUCAUUACAAAACUCUUGCAUAAUCAAAACAUUACUUUAUAGUUAGUUAAAUUGGAACCAAUAGUGUACAGAAUGGACAACAUUGUGACUUUCAUGUUUUGCUGGCCAAAAAAUAUAUACAUGCUGGCUGAGAGCAUUACCAACCCAAGCUAGAGAAACUGAUGUUUUGAAUUUUUGGCUAUGACCAAU